GAUGUUUCGUAUUUUAAAAUGUAGUGAACACUUAUCAGCGCGACACUUUACUCGUGGCAAACAUACCGGAAAAGUGAUCGCACUGCGCCGCGAAGAUCAAUCAGUAUGGGAACGCCGGGCGUCCUUUUCACCAGCGGUGGUGAAAAAACUCAUCAAGCAGGGCGUCAAAGUGAUAGUACAACCGUCCAACAGGAGAGCCUACCCGAUGCAGGCUUACCUUAAUGCCGGUGCCACGGUACAGGAGGACAUCAGCGAGGCGUCGGUGAUCUUCGGCGUCAAACAGGUUCCGGUUGAUGCGUUGAUCCCGCAAAAAACCUACUGCUUCUUCUCGCACACGAUCAAGGCCCAAGAGUCCAACAUGCCGCUGUUGGAUGCGUGCCUUGAGAAGAACAUACGGUUGAUCGACUACGAGAAGUUGAUGGACCGUAACGGAUUGCGGUUGGUGGCGUUUGGCAAGUACGCUGGUGUGGCCGGUAUGGUGAACAUUCUGCAUGGACUUGGUCUACGGUUGCUGGCGUUGGGACAUCACACACCGUUUAUGCAUGUUGGCCCGGCACACAACUAUCGAAACUCUUCCAUGGCCCGCCAGGCCGUACGGGACUGCGGGUAUGAGAUAUCUCUCGGCAUGAUGCCCAAAUCGAUCGGUCCGCUGACGUUCAUCUUCACUGGGUCCGGUAACGUCUCGCAGGGUGCACAGGAGGUGUUCCAGGAGCUACCGAUCGAGUUCGUCCCGCCGGAGAUGUUGCGCAAGGUGGCUGAACAUGGUUCACCCAACAAGCUGUAUGGCUGCGAGGUGAGCAGAUCUGAUCAUCUCGAACGCCGGGAAGGUGGAAAGUUCGAUCCCGUCGAGUACGAUCAGUACCCGGAGCGGUAUAUCUCCACGUUCAGCAAGAAUAUCGCCCCGUACGCAUCGGUGAUCGUUAACGGCAUCUAUUGGGCGGUGGGAGCUCCAAAGCUCAUCACGAUUCCGGACGCGAAAAACCUACUCCGACCCGCGAAUACACCCUGGUUACCGACGAGUCGAGGAUCACCGGCAUUGCCUCACCGGAUGUUGGCCAUCUGCGAUAUCUCGGCUGAUCCUGGCGGUUCGAUCGAGUUCAUGAACGAGUGUACGACGAUCGAUACACCUUUUUGUCUGUAUGACGCCGAUCGCAACAAGGACCAGAAGAGCUUUAGUGGACCUGGUGUGCUCGUGUGUUCGAUCGACAACAUGCCUACACAGUUGCCCCGUGAAGCGACGGACUUCUUCGGUGAUCUACUGUUCCCGUACGCGCUCGAUAUCCUGCAGAGUGACGCCUCGAAGCCACUCGAGGAGCACAACUUCUGUCAGCCCGUGGAAGGCGCGAUCAUCUGCAGCAACGGAAGUCUAACGCCAGGCUUUGAGUACAUCAACGAGCUGCGUGAAUCAAACAAUCGAUCACGCCAUAAGACCGAGGGUUCGUACGUUGGCAAAAAGCGAGUGUUGGUGUUGGGUGCUGGUUUCGUUUCGGCCCCACUUGUCGAGUACCUACACCGGGAGUCAAACGUUAGCAUUAAGGUGGCCUCACAGUACAAGGAGGAAGCGGACAGGUUGGCACAACGCUACCAGGGCGUGGAAUCGGUGUACAUGAACGUGCAAGAUGAAAGUCCCAAUCUGCAAAACCUGUGUGAAGAAAGUGACGUGGUUGUGUCGCUGCUGCCGUACUCUCUGCACAGUGUCAUUGCGAAGCAUUGCAUCGCGGGUAAAACCCAUCUCGUGACCGCAAGCUACGUGAAUGAUGACAUCAGUGCUCUGCACAGUGCGGCUCGAGAUGCCGGCGUGACCAUCAUGAAUGAGGUCGGAUUGGAUCCUGGUAUUGAUCACCUGCUGGCGCUUGAGUGCAUUCAGGACGUGCAGGAAAACGGCGGAGUAGUGGAGUCGUUUGUGAGCUUCUGCGGUGGACUUCCGGCGCCUGAACACUCAGACAACCCGUUGCGGUACAAGUUCUCCUGGUCACCACGUGGUGUUCUGCUUAACACGCUCUCCUCAGCCAAGUACCUGAGCAAGGGUCAGGUUGUGGAGAUUUCUGGAGGUGGCGAGCUGAUGUCAGCCCCACGUGAUUUGGAGUUCCUGCCAGGAUUCGCACUGGAAGGCUUCCCCAAUCGCGACUCCACCAAGUACCAAUCCCUUUACGGACUAACGAACAUCAACACGCUGCUCCGGGGCACGAUCCGGUACAAGGGCUUCUCGGACACCAUCAAGCCGAUGCAGCUGCUGGGAUUGAUUGAUCCGAACCCACAUCCACUGUUGCAUCCUCACGGGCCAGAGCUGACCUGGCGGCAGCUUAUCGUGAACAUGGUUGGUCUAGCCGAUGCGGAUAUUUUCAUUGAAAAUCUCAAGUACAAGCUGGCGGAGCGUGUCGGCACCAUCGAGGGCUUGGAAGAGCUCGGUCUGCUCGAUAAUGUCCCGGUGGUCAAGAUGGGUUCACCACUGGACACUCUCAGCUACUACCUGUCGAAGAAGCUAGCCUUUGCCGACACAGAACGUGAUCUCGUUGUGCUGCGGCAUGACGUUGGAAUCCGCUGGAGCGAUGGACGGCGUGAGGAACGUGGCAUCAACUUUGUCGUGUACGGGCAACCCGCCUCGGAAGGAGGACACUCUGCAAUGGCUAAAACGGUCGGGUUUCCGGCGGCCAUCGCUGCCAAGAUGGUUAUCGAUGGCGAAAUCCAGCAGCGUGGCGUUGUGCUGCCAUUCUCGGCCGAUAUCUACCGGCCAAUGCUGGCCCGGCUGGAACAGGAAGGACUAACGGCGACCACAACAACGAAGGUCCUGUAAAGAGGGAACUGAUGCGCACGAAGCGAACCACCGGUUAUGAAGGCAACGUUUUUUUUUUUGUAAUAAAUAUAUUAUGUCAGGUGGCUUUUUUGCAACUCGAUAUCUGAUAAGUAUUUGUAACGACGAGCCGUCGAUGUUGUUAAAUGUUUAAAUAAAAAAUGAUGCUCAUGUUC